CAGCUUUGCUGCCUUGUUAUCUUCAUUUUCACAAGUCUGCACACUGUACACUCUUGGUGUGGAGAGGUUAAUGCCCUCUGUACAAUUGGGUAAAUAUUAAAUAUGAUGAUCUAAAGUGCUGUCAAAUUCUUCAUCAAAGGUCAUCAUUUUUACCUUGGAUCACUCAUUAAUGUCCUUUAUGGAAAAUUGUAGUAGGGUUCAGUGCCUAUUUUGUGCUCUUUUGGUGGAUCGUUGUAAUGACAGCAUUAGUGACUUUUUUUUUGUGAGUUUUUAUCUGUGUUUCAGCUCAAAGAAAAGAAGAGGAAAUCUAUAUCCAGUCACAGCAGGGCCAGCACUCCGGCCAGCUUGGACAGAAGUUCUAAAGAUUCAGACAGUGCAAUAGGAGAUAGCAAUAGGAGUAGCCCAAGUAGAGAAGAAGCAACAGCAAAUAAAAAUGAUGAAGCCCCUGCCUCAAAGGAGAGCCAAUCAGAACAUGACGAGGUCUCCAACACUAUGUCUACUCCAAAGAGAAAUUUAUUUCCGCAGAAAACGAUAGGUUCAGCAAAACGAAGAAUGGGGCAGAUUCAUAUCGCACCAGAUAUGCUCAAUAAACAGAAACAGGUAGAGCCAUACUUUAUACCCUCUCCAGAAGAUUAUGAAAAAGAUCGUGAGAUGGCAGAGAAGAGAUUGGAUCAUAUGUUAGCUAUGGUGGACAAAGGGUUACAGGAGAAGAAAGAUAAACAGAAGUUACAACAGGCAAGUGAAACAUCUUUGGCCAGUCAAAGCACCACUCUGUCCACUGUGACAACAGCGAUAUCGGUCAGUAACAUUUCCCUGCCCACAACAGCAACAACAACAACUGUAAGUGCUGGAUUUUCUUUAAAUCUGCCAUCUUCAAGUUCCAAUGCUUCAACGUCAUCAACAACGGGUACAACAACUGUAUCAACAACAGCAGGGACAACAACUACUUCUGCCACAGGUUUUAGUUUGACAUUGCCUACUCCUGUCAGUAAGAGCACAGGUUUGAGCAGCUUGCCCACGACAAGUCAAUCCACGACUUCAGGGUCAGAGACUGUUGCCAAUGCAACUGCAGUAGCACCUGGUGGCUUGCAGUUUGGUGCAGCUGCAUCAGAUAAGGCAAACAAAAAUGUAGGUGGAGACACUAAACAGGAAAAUACCAGUUCUCAGUCAUCUGCUCAGACUCAGUCACAGUUUUCAUUUAAGCCAGCAUUCCCUGUUGUAUCGGCCACUCCCACGGUAACAUCAGCACAGUCCUCCUCCAUAGGUGGCAGCACAAGCUCCACUCCAAGUACAACGCAAGCAGGUGGGAUUAAUUUUGGAACAUUUGGGGCAUCACAAGCUUCCACAACACCUAGUUUUACACCAGUGUUUGGUCAGAGUAUGAGCAGCCAAAAUAGUGCUGCUGGUUUAGCUGGUGGCUUAUCUUCUGCAGCCACAUCAACAGCGCCACCUACAGGAGGUUUCUCCUUUGGCAAGGACCCAGCCACAACAUCUACUUCAGCCACGGGAACAGGAGUGUCAACAAGAGCUGCCCCGGGUGCGAGUGGGUUUAGUACAAACACCACCUCUACAACGUCAGGAACUGGCACCACCAUCACUCAGCCGAAAAGUGGGUUCAGUUUUGGUGGUGUUGGCGGUGGCACCCAGCAGACAACUACGCCUGCAGCACCACCUCCAGCUUAUGGUGCCAUGUUUGGGCAGGGGGUUGGUGGUACGGCACCAGCCAAUACCACAGCGCCUGUAUUUGGCCAGACUAAUACUGUGACAACAGUUGGUACUACAAAGGCUACCUUUGGCUUUAGUUCCACCACCACACAGCCAUCUCCAGCACCUGGUACAGGGUUCUCUUUUGGCGGGUUGGGAGCUACUGCAAGCACCACAGCAAGCACCACCACCACUUCAGGCACCACUGGGUUUUCCUUUGGCACCACUUCUACUGGUGCAGGAGGAACCACUGGCACUACAUUUGGUGGCUUUGGCACUACUUCCACCAGCGCUGGAACCAUUGGCGCCACUUUUGGUGGUGCUCCAACUACAGCAUCAUCGGCACAACCGGCGUUUGGCUCGACAGGGGUCACGCAGAGCAGUGUCUUCUCCUUUGGUGGAUCUAGCAACACUACUGCUGCCCCAAGUGGUGGCACAGGAUUUGGAAAUACGAACACAACCCAAGCUAAUGGCGUCUUUAAUUUUGCUGCCUCUGUUGGUACUGCAGCAUCACAAGCUAAAGGCACAACAGGGCCCCUUUUUAACCCUGGUGGUGCCACUACACAAACUACAACAGCCAGUAGUGGAUUUAAUUUCUCUACAGGGAUCACUCAGUCCUCAGCAGGUUUUAAUUUUGGUGCCGCCGCUGCCUCUCAAACGGGCACUGGGUCUGUCUUUGGUCAGACAGCUGCCCAAGUAACAGGAGGUGUUGGAGCCAAGCCGUCUGGUUUGUUCACAUUUGGCAGUGGUAGUAACAGUACUUCUAACAGUAAUAACAGUACUCAGCAGCAACAACAGCAGCAACAAUCUCAAUCCAGUGGAUUGUUCACGUUUGGUGCCACAGUUGGUGCGAAAAGUGACACCCAGACAGCUGGUACUGGGCUGUUCAGUUUUGGUGGUAAUUCUGUAGGGCAAAGUGCAGGAACGGCCUUCGGAACACAGGGCUCUAGUACUGGAACAGCUUUCGGAACACAGGGUGCUAGUACUGGAACAGCCUUUGGAACGCAGGGCUCUAGUACUGGAACAGCCUUUGGAACACAGGGUGCUAGUACUGGAACAGCCUUCGGAACACAGGGUGCUAGUACUGGAACAGCCUUUGGAACACAGGGCACUAGUACUGGAACAGCCUUUGGAACACAGGGCACUAGUUCUGGAACUGGCUUUGGAGCGCAAGGGACAGGGUUUUCAUUUGGAGCAACUGCGACUCCUAAUGCAUUUGGGAAUCCUCAGAAACAGACCCAAAGUGCAUUUGGUGGAGCUUUGCCGUCCCAGAAUGCUUUUGGAACAAGUGGGUCUUCCCAGAAUGCUUUUGGUGCUAAUCAAGGUCAAGCGGCCAAUGGAACCCAGCAAGUGUCUUUUAACUUUGGUCAGUCCUCUGGGCAGACACCAGCAUUUGGUCAGUCAGGGAAAACUGGACCUCCGACCUUUGGUCAGUCCACGCCCGCCCCAGUCUUUGGCACUCCUGGCGGUCAGGGUGCCACGCCAGCCUUUGGUCAGUCAACACCAGUAGCUCCAACGUUCGGAAGCCCUGCUGCACCUGGAUUUGCCCCUGGCACCCCUACAAACUUUAACUUUGCUGCAGGCACAUCAGUGCCGCGACCACGUGUUGCUGCACGUCCAAGGAGAACAGUUAGGAAGCGCUAACUGUGUUAGGU